CUCCGAAGGGAACUCCUCUAAGGGACGAGCUGCAUAUCAAUGAAGGUUUGGAGAUGCAUGACAGUGCUAAACUUGAGCUACAUAGACAAGCUGAUAUGAACAUAAGUUUGCGCUCUGGUUUAAGUAGCCUUCCACAGCCCAAAAAUGAGUACCAAAUAGUGAUGCAACCUAUUAAGAAGAUGAUGAAAAUAACAAAUGUGAGCGAGUAUAAAGAAAUUACAAAGGAAAAGUUGCCAAAGAUGAUUUAUGACUACUUUGCAUCAGGGGCAGAGGAUCAGUGGACUUUGAAAGAGAACCGGAAUGCAUUCUCAAGGAUUAUGUUUAGGCCACGUGUUCUAAUCGAUGUAAGCAAGAUAGAUAUGACAACAACUGUUUUAGGAUUCAAAAUAUCAAAGCCUAUCAUGAUUUCUCCUACGUCCAUGCAUAAGAUGGCUUACCCUGAAGGAGAAUACGCUACUGCUAGAGCAGCAUCAGCAGCUGGCACCAUCAUGACACUAUCCACAGCGGUUUCUUCUAGUGUUGAGGAGGUUGCUUCAACAGGACCUGGUAUCCGUUUCAUCCAACUCUAUGUGUUUAAGGACAGAAAUAUAGUUACUCAGCUAGUGAGAGGAGCUGAAAAUGCUGGUUUCAAGGCAAUUGUCCUUAUUGUAGACACUGCAGUGGGUGGUCAUAGAGAGGCUAACAUAAAAAACAGAUUUACAUUUCCACCACACUUGAGAUUUAAGACUUAUGAAGCCAUGGUUCCUGAAAGGAUUAAAGACUCUAAUCCGGUCUCCAUUGUUAAAGGCCUAUAUGACCAAUCACUUAACUGGAAGGAUGUAAAAUGGCUUCAAACAAUAACCUCAUUGCCAAUAAUACUAAAGGGCGUACUUACUGCUGAGGAUCAGGCAUCGCAGUUAAAUGGUGCUCUUAAGGAGUCUUAUUCUAACUUCCAUAACUAA